AUGAAAUCCUUUAAACACCAAACCAAGUCAUUUGAUGAAAACGCCCGGAUCAAGUCCAAAAGUAAUACGAGUGCAAAAUUAAUCUCCAAAAAUUCAAAUAAUAACAAUACUAAUAACAUCACCUCGAGUAUUGAUAAAAGAGAAGCACUUGGUGACUUAACACAGCUUAAUGAAAACAGGAAAAUUGAUUUGAAUCUGAAAAAUUCUCUUCAAAAAGUUCAUAUUUACAAACAAAAGCACCAAAAAAGACCACAUGAAGAAUUAGGUACAAAACCAGAACUUGACACAAGCGAACAUUAUGAUAAUAGCCAGAACUCUGAUGAUGUACUUAAGUUCCAUUUUGAUCGUUUAGGGGGUAGUUCAGAUGUGUCCAACCUUGAAGAUAUUGGAUUUGAGUUUGCUAACCAAAAUAGAAUUGUAGAGCAAUUUGAUGAUGACGAAGAAGAGAUAGUUCAGGUAGACCCAGGGGCAGACGAGGAAGGGGAAGACGAUGACGAUGAAGACGAUGAAGACGAAGAUGACAGCAAGCCAAUGGAACCAAAAUGGAACAAAGCUAUAUUCAAUGAAUUACAAUAUGUCAUGAAGAAAUUCUCUAAAAAUACGUUGGAUGAAACCGAUGAAGAUACGUUUGAUGUUACUAUGGUCGCAGAAUACGCACCAGAGAUUUUUAACUACAUGCAUGAACUAGAAUACAGAUUGGUUCCAGAUCUGAAUUAUAUGAGUAACCAGGACGAAUUGAAAUGGGAGAUGAGAAGUGUUUUAAUCGACUGGGUGGUUCAAGUUCACAAUAGAUUUAAUUUAUUACCGGAAACAUUAUUUUUAACGGUAAAUUACAUCGAUAGAUUUUUAAGUAAGCGUAAGGUCUCGUUAUCGAGAUUUCAAUUGGUUGGAGCUGUUGCAUUGUUCAUUGCUGCGAAGUAUGAAGAAAUCAAUUGUCCAACUGUUCAAGAAGUUGCAUACAUGGCUGAUAAUGCAUAUACAGUAGAUGAAUUUUUGAAAGCAGAGAGAUUCAUGAUUGAUGUCUUGGAGUUUGAUAUGGGUUGGCCUGGUCCAAUGUCCUUUUUGAGAAGAACUAGUAAAGCUGAUGACUAUGAUUAUGAAACCAGAACUUUGGCUAAAUACUUUUUAGAAAUCACAAUAAUGGAUUCAAGAUUUGUCGCUUCACAGCCAAGUUGGUUGGCAGCUGGAGCACAUUACUUAUCAAGAAAAUUACUUAAUAGAGGACACUGGACAGAAGCUCAUGUGUAUUAUUCUGGUUAUACCGAAUCUCAAUUAAGACCAUUAGCAGAGAUCUUAUUGCAAAAUUGUCGUAAUGCUGAAUCCAACCAUAAGGCCAUUUUUGAAAAGUACCAAGAACGUCGCUACAGAAGAUCCUCAGCAUUUGUUCAAGAAUACUUUGAAGCUCUUGAACAGUUAUAA